AGGGGCCGGCCGGGAGGCGAGCAUGGAGUGGAGUUACCUGUUGGAAGUGACCUCCCUGCUGGCCGCCCUGGCCCCGCCGCAGCGGUCGGGCGGCGCGGCGGCGGCGGCGGCGUCGGCCAAGGAGCUGUCGUGCCAGGAGAUCACCGUGCCGCUGUGCAAGGGCAUCGGCUACAACUACACCUACAUGCCCAACCAGUUCAACCACGACACGCAGGACGAGGCCGGCCUGGAGGUGCACCAGUUCUGGCCGCUGGUGGAGAUCCAGUGCUCGCCCGACCUCAAGUUCUUCCUCUGCAGCAUGUACACGCCCAUCUGCCUGGACGACUACAAGAAGCCGCUGCCGCCCUGCCGGGCCGUGUGCGAGCGGGCCAAGGCGGGCUGCGCGCCGCUCAUGCGGCAGUACGGCUUCGCCUGGCCCGACCGCAUGCGCUGCGACCGGCUGCCGGAGCAGGGCCAGCCGGACACGCUGUGCAUGGACUACAACCGCACCGACGCGGCCACCACGGCGGGGCCGCCCCGACAUCGCCCGCCGCCGCUCCCGGGCGACCUGCCGCCGCCGCCUCCGCCUCCGCCUCCUCCUCCUCCUCCUCCCGCUCCGGGGGCCCGGCCGGCGGCGCGCGGAGGCGGGGGCGCGGGCGCGGGCGCGAAGGGCUCGGAGGCGGGCGCGCCCCCGAGCGGCGGCGGCGGCGGCGGCGGCGGCGGCGCCCCCGCGCAGCCCCGGCCCCCUAGCGGCGGGCCGGCGUCAUCGCCCUGCGAGCCCGGCUGCCGCUGCCGCGCCCCCAUGGUGUCGGUGUCGAGCGAGCGCCACCCGCUCUACAACCGCGUCCGCACGGGCCGCAUGGCCAACUGCGCCCUGCCCUGCCACAACCCCUUCUUCAGCCAGGACGAGCGCGCCUUCACCGUCUUCUGGAUCGGCCUGUGGUCGGUGCUGUGCUUCCUGUCCACCUUCGCCACCGUGUCCACCUUCCUGCUGGACAUGGAGCGCUUCAAGUACCCCGAGCGGCCCAUCGUCUUCCUGGCCGCCUGCUACCUCUUCGUGUCGGUGGGCUACCUGGUCCGGCUGGUGGCCGGGCACGAGAAGGUGGCGUGCAGCGGCGGCGCGCCCGCGGCGGCGGCGGCGGCGGCGGCGGGCGGCGGCGGAGGGGCGGCCGGGGGCGCCGCCAGGGGAGCGGCCGGGGGCGCCGGGGCGGCGGCCGGCGCGCGCGGCGAGUACGAGGAGCUGGGCGCCGUGGGGCAGCACGUGCGCUACGAGACCACGGGCCCGGCCCUCUGCACCGUCGUCUUCCUGCUGGUCUACUUCUUCGGCAUGGCCAGCUCCAUCUGGUGGGUCAUCCUGUCGCUCACCUGGUUCCUGGCGGCCGGCAUGAAGUGGGGCAACGAGGCCAUCGCCGGCUACUCGCAGUACUUCCACCUGGCCGCCUGGCUGGUGCCCAGCGUCAAGUCGAUCGCCGUGCUGGCCCUCAGCUCGGUGGACGGCGACCCCGUGGCCGGCAUCUGCUACGUGGGCAACCAGAGCCUGGACAACCUGCGGGGCUUCGUGCUGGCGCCGCUGGUCAUCUACCUCUUCAUCGGCACCAUGUUCCUGCUGGCCGGCUUCGUGUCGCUCUUCCGCAUCCGCUCGGUCAUCAAGCAGCAGGGCGGCGCCACCAAGACGCACAAGCUGGAGAAGCUCAUGAUCCGGCUGGGCCUCUUCACCGUGCUCUACACCGUGCCCGCCGCCGCCGUGGUGGCCUGCCUCUUCUACGAGCAGCACAACCGGCCCCGCUGGGAGGCCACGCACAACUGCCCCUGCCUGCGCGACCUGCAGCCCGACCAGGCCCGCCGCCCCGACUACGCCGUCUUCAUGCUCAAGUACUUCAUGUGCCUCGUCGUGGGCAUCACCUCGGGGGUCUGGGUCUGGUCCGGGAAGACGCUCGAGUCGUGGCGGGCCCUCUGCACCCGCUGCUGCUGGGCCAGCAAGGGCGCGCGCGCCGCCGCCGCCGGCGGGGGCGCGCUCGGGCCCGGGGGCGCGCCAGGCCCGGGAGGGGCGGCGGCCGGCGCGGGCCCCCCGGCCGGGGGCGGGGGAGGAGCCGGCCCCGGCCCCGGCGGCGGCUCCCUGUACAGCGACGUCAGCACGGGCCUCACCUGGAGGUCGGGCACGGCCAGCUCCGUGUCCUACCCCAAGCAGAUGCCCCUGUCCCAGGUCUGAAAGGGACCCACUGGAAGGGGCUCCCCGGGGGCCCCCGGAGGACCAGCGUCGUCGUCCCUCCGUCCCCCCCCACCCCCCCCACAGCGAGGGGUGGGGCAGGCCCGGAACACCGAGCAGCCCCGACGGCCCCCAACCUCUCCUCCCCCGUCGACUGCUCUUAGCGCGAUCGUGGACUCUUAAUGGUAUCCAUUAGCCGGGACUCGCAUGACUUGGUUAGAACAAUGGACCUGGCGUUGAAGACUCCAGACGUCGUCCCCCCCCCCCCCCUUCCCGUCCCCCCUCGGCCCCCUUGCCGUUGCCAGGCCGGGAAGGAGGCCUGCCUUUUCCCGUCAUCGCGCCGAGGCCUGGGCCCCGCGCCGCCACCGGCCCUGGCGCGUCGCCACCCUCCCUCUGGAAAACGGACUCCCUCUGGAAAACGGCCACGGCGACACCUUUCCCCGGAGGGUGGUCUCUUGUUUUUAACGCGGUCGUCUUCAUCCCCCGCCCCGCCACCCCUUCCCUUUGCCCGCCUCUGCCCCUCUCGGUCCUCGAAGACGAGCGGCCGUGGUCGGAUGGGACUCCCCGGUCUCGGUCUCCUCCGCCGGGCCACUGCCUUAACACGACCACGACCGCCACGCGACGAUCGACGUGUCUUAAUUAUACACCCCAAGUAAAUACGGGUUUCUUGCAUUAAAGGAUGUAUUUAUAUAAUUAUUUGUUUAACUUGUAAAAAUCUGUAAAAUAUGUACAUAGCCAAAGCUAUUACAGUCUGUACAUUUCUUUUGUAAAAAGUUUAGAGGCUACCCCUGUAAGAACAAAUAUUUGAGUAUUCUAUUUUGUCAAUAAAAUGACUUUUGAUAAAUGA